GACAAAGCGCAUUAGAUUCAAGGCAACUAGGUCAUGAACACUGCUACGUUGAAAAUUCGUUGGAGAUGUGUUAUUCAAUUCAUAAGCUUCGAAUAUACUGACGUAAGUGUGAAAUGAAUGCCAAGAGAGUUUUCCCGUUUCGAUUGAUAACUUUCGAUGUGACCAACACCCUUCUAAAAUUCACGGCAAAUAUCGGAAAAACCUAUGGUGACAUCGGACGAAAAUACGGAGUGAAAUGUGAUACGAAUGAACUAACAGACAGUUUCAAACAUCAAUUCAAGAAAAUGAGCGAGGAAAAUCCCCAUUUCGGCUAUGAUACUGGACUUUCUUGGCAGAAUUGGUGGAGGCGCGUUGUGUUCGACACUUUCAGAAGAUGCCAUAAUGAUAUUGCUGAUUCCAAGCUUGAUUUAAUAUCCCAAGAUUUGAUCGAAAUAUACAAAACCGAAUUCUGUUGGAAACCCGCUUCAGGAGCUUUGGAACUUUUGAACUACUUACAAGACAGGGGCGUAACACUGGGUGUCAUUUCGAAUUCGGAUCCUAGAUUACACGAUAUUUUAUGCAAUGUUAAGAUGGAUUCGUAUUUUAAAUUCAUCUUAACUUCACAUGAAGUUGGUUAUUCGAAACCAGAUAAACGUAUUUUCGAUAGAGCGAUGAAAGAGUCCAUGCUGGAAGAUUUGAAGAAGCGGCAGUGUCUCCAUAUUGGUGAUAAUUUGGAAUUUGAUUACGAAGGAGCGAAAAGACAUGGCUGGAACUCUUUUCUAAUAACAAAAAAGAAACUUUCGAAAUUUUCAAAUCAGGCUGAGUUAGAAGAUAAAGUUUUUGUGGAUUUAAUAAGUUUGAAGGAAUAUAUGAGAGCUGAAUGGAACGAAUACGAGGUGCCAAAACAUAGCCCUUAAUUUUUUCAUUUAUUUUCAUUGCAUCAACUAUUUACUCUGAUAUAAAUUAUUCAUGUUUCAUAUCAAAUUAUCUUGUAAAUACUCAUGUUUUUUUUUACUUGUUAACAUCAAAGAUAUCAAACUCCAUAAUAUCGCUUUUGUAUAAUUGAGUAUUGAUAAAUAAACAUAAUCUACCAAGACUGAUAAGUUUUGUGGAUUUUUCUGCUUUCUCUGUAUCAGAUUUGUGGAAACUCAAUAAAGAUAUCUGCGAGAA